UUUGUACAAAGAUUAUUACAAUAGUGUAUAGGGUGUGAAUACAGGGGUGUGUUCUGUCACACCCUCUUUCUCAGAGCCUAGCUACUACUUGGACUUCUUGAGAUACAGAAGAACUGGCGAUGGUUAGGAGAAGAUGGUGCUUUUUCUGCCUCAGCCUAAAGGGGGGUUGGUAUCAAUGUACAGUCACAUGCCCCCUACUGUAACUGCUCUAAAAAGGUUUUGUGACUGCUAUAAUGCUUCUUAGGGCACCCAGAACAGUGAGUCACCUUGUCAUCACCUGCCUCCAGCAUGAGGGGGCCUUGCUUGUGCUGGCUGGGUGUUGGUCCCCUAACACAAUCAGCCUGUCAGCAACUCAAGCACUAUCCUUUGAGCUACACCAGCUCUGUCUUUGCCUUGUAGGUUGACACAGAUGCCCCCCCAGACCAUGAGCCCAUUCAGAGUGUCCCCCUAUAUUAUCCAUCCGCUGAUCACGGGAUAUCCACAGAAAUCUCAGAUCCUCUGUUUCCAAAGGAACAAUGUACCCCAGUUUCACCUUACACCCUUGCUCCUGUGUUAUGCAUGGCACUUGAGUUCAGUUAUAAAAAAAAGAAAAAAGAAAUAAUAGAGAUUAAAUUAAAACGCAGUGUAAGAGAUGGGAACCUAUGGUAAAUAUAAAACAACAUCACAACAUGCCUUCUAAAGCUUAAACUUAACUAACAAGUUAUCUUCCUAUCUUAAGAAGUUUAUCCCACCAAAAGUUAUCUCCAGUGUUUCCAACCAAGCCUGGUUGAAAAGACCUCUUCUCAUAAGAUGAAGUUUGCUGGCAGCUUGGCCUCACAGAUUGAAGAGAUCACUAGGGGUUCAUCUGCAUGCCAGAUAUAGUUUCAAAAGUUCAUUGUCUUACCCCUAAACACGAUAACUCCUGCUGCUCUUCCUGUUAAUUUCACAAUCAUUCAUUAACAUUUGGCUCCCGCAGGUGAGUGGAUGCCCAUUGUGAAGCAUACAAUGCUCAACAUGCACAUGACCAGCCAGAGAGAGAUAAGCAUCUUUCCCCCCUCUUGCAGUUAGUAAGGAGAAUGGGAGACAGUCCAGCAAGGGAUCCAUUCGCCCAGAGAGCCAGGAGCUGUUUGUAACCUCCGGAGCAGUUCAGCCAGUCACAGAACAGCACCGUGGCCAAGCAUGAUGCUGGAGAAGGCACCUCUGGAGCAGCGGUGGUCGCGGGCGGCCCGGGCCUUCGUCCGCGAGACCCUCUGCCCCGCGGGGCCGGGCGGCGGCGGCCCUGAGCAGCUGGCGGACUCGGUGAUGCGGUGCCUACGGAGCACGUGGGCUGGGCGGAGCGGCGAGCUGCCGCUGGGCUACAGCUUCAUCUCCAUCUCUGACCUCCAGUGCCAACAACGCACACCCUGCUGUAGUCACAUGACCUGGAGCACCAGUGACUUCAAGAAAUGGGCUCACCAAGGUGAGGUCAUCUUGCCCAAACAGUGUGUUCUGCCACGGACUCACCUGAUCCUGAUUGGCUACCUGACGGAUGGAAGACAGCAGAAGGGGAAAGAGAAGCUAAUGGAUGGCAACCUGUAUGUGCAAGACAGCACUGGUUCAAUUCCCUGUGAGCUCCUGCAUUUUGAAUCUGAGUGGCUGGAGCUACUGUUUCUCUUCCCCAGCUGGGCAUACAUACCACAGACGAAUCAGGGCUCAGCUGGAUAUGUGGAAAUUCUGGCAGACCCAGUGCCAGUGGAUCCUCGAUCAGAGAGAGUGGUUGACACCAUCCCUGUCUUGUACCCACCAACAGCUGCACAAUUGCUCAGCACGAGGGUUCCACGUCAGAAAAGAGCAAAGCUGAAUGUGGCAGGUGAGCUGGCCAGACUCAGUACCCUCCUGUGCAUCCACCACAAGACGUUUUUUUUCCUCUUUCUGAAGUGCUUCACCUCUGCUGCUUGUGUCCCAGUGCUGGUGCAGAAACCUCCCCAGCUAGCUUGGCACCACAUGCUCCAGUUGGGCCAUGGCUAUGUGCUGACAGCAUUGACUGUGUCCAGCCUGAAGGCAUCAGGGCACAAGGUACUCGUCACCAGCUUCUCCUCCUGCCUCCUGCCCUACUGUGCAGAGCAGGUGAAGGAGCAGCCUCUGGAAAUUGUCUGGCAGGGAGGACCAAUUCAGCCAGUUUCCCCUGAGGCCGCUGUGCACCUCCCCCUGGAGCUGACAGAUGAGAAGUUGCCAGUGCCAGCUAAAGAGUCCAAGAUCCUGUCAUACAUGGGGAUCAUCACCCGAGUACUAAAUGCCCAGGCUGGCCUCUAUGAGCUUGAUAACAAGAUCUGUCUGUGCCUUGCUUACCAGCAGCUGUUGAACUCUGCCCGUGGACUCCGACCAGGAGCAUGCGUGGAGCUCCGAGACGUCCACCUCUUGCAGAAGCCCCUGGCUUCUUUCCCCUUUGCUGUUGUCCUUGGUGCCUGUCUGCACAGCAUUGUCCUUCUCAAGGGUUUCUCAAGGCUCAGCACCUUCCACCAGCCUGUAGCCUCCUCUAGAAAUCUCUACAUGCAACUGCUCUUCCAGUAUAACCUAGGCCUGCCACUCUAUCUGUGGCUGGUGAGCCUGUUGGAGAUGCUGGAGCAAAGGUUUUGCUGUUUCGUUGGGCGCCGGCGGCUGUUCAUCCGCUCUGUGCCUCAAGGUCCUGGAGUAGCCGAGAAGUUUCUUGUCCCCAUUCUGAACGCUGUGGUGCCUUCUAAGGCGCGAGUGAGAGAUGUUCAUCAUGAGAUCCUAGCAGAAAUGCACCAUUGUCCCCUGCAGCAGUAUCAGCCCCUGGAGCCCCCAUGCCAGGCCCCACCUCUUUCUCUGCUGCGCUCUGUGGCUGAGCAAAGAAGCAAGGAAGCCUUUAAUCCAUCGCAGCUGCUGUCCCCCUUGGAGGCUCAGCACAUGGGCACCCAAGAGCUGAAUCGCAGACUGGCUUGGUCCUAUGAUACAUUCUCAGCAAAGAGCUUCCAACCCCGAAUGGUGUUGCUGGGGGUGUUGAGAGUUUCCUGCAGCAGCGGCUCCCUUCAGCUGCGGGACAAGAGUGCUUCGAUCCCCUGUGUGAUCUCCCGCAGGGAUGGGAGCCCCUUCGCUGACACGGCUCUCAUAGGGUCCCUUUUGCAGGUGGAAACCUACCAGCUUGUGGUGGAGCGAUUCCUUCAAAGUGACUUUCCCUCCUGGGAGCAGCUGUGGACCCUGGAACAUGUGAGGGGCAGAGAAACAAGGCUGUAUGUGCAAUUCUGCUUUGAAGAUGUGCAGAUUCUUCAUACGCCUGAGGUGCAAGUCCAAGAGGGUCCCACAAGCAGUGAUAGUCCCUCAUUGGGGAAAAAGGAUGUUCGCAGCUCAAAGGUUGAGCUGGGAUCUCCAGAGGCAAAGCUGCCAAAGUUGGAGGGGACCAGCCCAGGAGCUGGCUCUGAAGAGGGCUGUGAUAGAGGCCAGAGCAGUGCCAGAGAAACCAGCUGCAUGUCUCGUCUAUUCCUGGUCACCCAGAAAGAGGGGCUUAUGUCACGCAACUACCUGCCGGCUGCAGAAGGAGAUGGAGAGGGGCAGGAGCUGCAGCUCAGCUUCCAGGCCACCAUACUCUGGGUGGACAAACCUCAGCUCUGGGGGCAUCCCAGGGAAAUUGGGAACCUGCCAGAGCUGGAGCAGAUCAACCAUCAGAGGGAGGACAGCGAGGCCCAGCAGAGGGUGCUGCUGCUCUUUAUGGGGAGAUCACUUCGAUGGUUCCCAUUCCUGCACCCGGAUGGGCUGUACCGGCUUAUUGUGCCCCAGUGUUUGGACUUUGGGGUGUUUGAGCGGCCCUGUCUCUCGCCGUUGCAAGGGAGGCUUCUGAACCAGUCGGGCUGCUCCUCGUGCCUGCUAGUUUCAGCUACCUGGCACCUACAGCAUGAGACCUGGAUCUCCUGCCUGGCUCAGCCCCAGGUGAUCCCAGGGUCAGAGCGGGCAGGAAUGGGGCAGACAGUCUUCUCCAUUCCAGAGCUACUAAGCAGCAGUUUCACAGGCUCCCUUGUCUCUUUCUCUGGUGAGAUAGUGGAGCGGACCUUGUGUGCUUCCCCUGGGAAUGAAAAGCUCUCUGCGCCCUGCAGCAAGCGGCGGCAGAAAGGGACCCUCCUGCCCUGGGAUCACAGUGUGAAGCUGAGUGUCUCAGCUGCUCUUGGCUCCUCUGUUGUGCUGGAUGUUUACAUAGCAGUUGCCUACCUUCAGCAUCUCUGGGGUUUGCUGCCUGGGGCCAAGAUUCUCUUCCAGAACCUGCAGCGCAAAAUCUCCAGGUUCCAUAAUGUUUAUUGCACGUACAUUGCCUCCAGCUGUAUCAGCAUCCUGGCUCUGCCACCCCCCUGCUUGCUCCUUUCCUCCAAUCCUGCAGGUAUAGCCUCCAAGUCUCCUGCAGCCACAUCCCCCUCGCUGGUGUUUCUGUCCAAGCUGCUGCUUCAGCCUCACAGCCUGUCCCAGGGCCAGAUCCUCUGCCACUUAUCCUGUGUCCUGGCUUUGUCCCUGCAAUGGAUCUGCUCCGUCUGCAGCAGCAUCUUCAGAGAGGGGAGGUGCAGCCGACACAGCCCACCCUGCCCGUCACAAACAGGAGUGAGUCAAGCCAGCGCCAAGAUCCUGGUGGAGGAUGGAACAGGUGAGGCUCUGGUGCUGUGCAAGAACCAGCAGGUGGCUGCAGUGUUAGGCCUGAGCCCUGUGGAGUGGAAAGCUGUGCAGAGCAAUGUGCAGAGAAGGGGCAGCAUUUUCAUUCAGCAUGGAGGAGCCAGUGCCAGGCCUGGGUGUGUGGAGGAGCCUGAAGACCUUGUCACCUGCUACCUGAAGAGCCUGUGUAGGAGCCAUGCCAUCUGCCGGCCCAUCCUGCUGGCUUUCAGCCUCAACAGGAAGUCGUCAAAGAUUUCCCAGCCAGAUUCACUGCAGCUGAGAAGGUUUCUGUGUGGUGAGAUGGAGUUUGUGUCCCGAGUGGGAACUCGACUGAGCCUGACGUGCCUGAACAUCCAGGAGGCAGAUCCCAAAGUCUUGUGCAGUCUGAGCAGCAAGAGGAUCAAAACAUCGAUCGGUCACUCAGCUUGAGGCCUGGUCUCUCACCUCUGUCCAUAGGGAAGGAAUGAGAGAGCCCUGGCUGAGUCUACAGGCUGUGGGCUGCGACUGGAGUGUUUGUUGUUAGGGCUUUGGGGUCAGUGACUGAGGGAUGGAAUUGAUUGAGUGUUUCUUGAGGGAGGUCAUUCUGAGACUCUUGAUGCAGCCAAUUGAAGGCUAAAAAUCUGGGAGUGACCUGUGCUCAUCCCAACUUAGCACUCAGCUGUGGGCUGGACACAAUACAGUUUGUGUGUAUUUUACAGUAUAAUAUCUAAUGUAAAUAAAAGUAUUUUUAACAACA